CGAUCAGAAGUAAUGCGGCGCUGUUGCUCAUCAGUAGCCACCAUGUUAUAUGCUUCUGUAAUGCUAGGCGUAGGUUUCAUAGAUAAAACUUGAGACUUCACUGUGGAGAAGGCAUCAUCCAACCCCAUCAAAAAAAUCAAAGAGACGAAUACUAUCGUCACGGUCGCGAGUACGUUUUUCGAGACCACAAACACAAUGCCCACACGUGCAACUUGGCAUGGGCGAAAUCUGUUGCGCCUCCUCCCACAAGGUACACAGUUCAGUAUAGUAAGCAGACACACUAAGCUUUUCUUGAGGAAGAAGACUUAUCUGACGACGCAAUUCAUAGUGACGAGUCGCAUUGCCUUGGCCAAACCGAAUUUUGAGAUCAUCUCAAAUCUGUUGGGCAGUUUUGGCGAAGCGAAUACUGCACCGGACUUCGGCGGACAUCGAAGCCUUGAGCCACCCCUUGACGGUGGCGUCACAGCGCUGCCAGGCCGCCUAUUCACGCGAGCUCGUAGGCUUUGGAAGAGUGCCGUCGACGAAGCUCAACUUGUUCUUGGCCAGGAGGGAGUCGGUCAUGUCAAUGACCCAUUCGCCAUAAUUGUUGGCAGUCAGAAGAUCACCCGGAUGCUGAGGAUCCGCUUGCGGAAGGAAGUAGACGGAGUUGACGUCAGACGUAAGAGGCUUGUUGGGAAUGCCACCGCUGCCGCCACUCGAGCCAUCCUUCGUGUCGCCGGUCAUAAUGCGACGGCAAGAAUGCCAAAACGAAGAAAAACCACAGCUGAGAUCUUAUAGCUAUGAUACCAUGUAAAAAUCUAACAAACCAAAGCGCAAACA